AUGGCCGAACUGAUUGCUGCCUUCGAUCGUAGUCAUCAUAUCCGGGUCGGCACUCUUCAUCCCCUACCCAGUGAGCUACGUUGGCUCGCAGGGACAGCCUCACCGGCUCUUGCAUCAUGCAACGUCCGGAAUUUAAUCCAACCCCCCCCCCCCUCCCUUGCAUACCUCUGCUACCGGUACCACUCAAGCUCUCUAUGGACAGUGCGGCGGCACUGGCUGGACGAGAUCGACUGUCUGUGUAUCUGGCGCGUCGUGCAAGGUGUUGAAUCCUUAUUACUCCCACUGUCUUUCUUAAGGCUGGUUCGGUCUUUCUCCCAUAGGUACAUUGUUGUAUCCUGUAUCGCCGACUCGGACGAUAUCAUACCAUCUGAAUCGCGAUCAUAA